AUGCAUACGCAAAAGAAGGUUGUCCUUCAGUGGCCAAAGGUUUCCUCUGAGUAAUCACUUGUGCUUUAUUACAACUGCCGCUUAGAGUCGCUAGACCGCUAAUCGAUUAUGUCUACACAGGCCAGCUGGAAGUCAAUGAGGCCAAUGCUACUGGUCUGAUUUUGCUGUCGCAGCAACUCGUAAUGCCUCAGGUGGAAGAGUGGGCGGUGAGUUUUAUGGCCGCCAGGUAGGUGUUAUCGAAAUCUCAUGAACUCCCAGGUUUAACUCCGAAAACAUAAAAAAUUACUGGGACCUCGCAGGGUUGAUUAAGAGCGAACAGCUAAUGAAGGCCUGUCUUCAGCACAUAAAGACAAACUUUGAAGCCACGGUUGCAAGUGACUUCUUCAUCCAGCUGCCAGCUGACACUGUCUUGUCCAUACUGCGUGCUGAUGACCUCAUCGUGGAGAGUGAGGAGAUCGCCUUCAAUUCAAUCGGACGUUGGGUAAGUUCAUCUGACGAAGUUGAAGAAACCCGACUGGUGCACGCGGAGGCGAUGCUGCGGGAAGUGCGAUGGAAGCAAGUGGAUGCUGACUUUAGAUGCAGACUGCUAAAUGAAGAAGGCUUUUGGAAUAAAACUAUGGAGUGUUUGUAAGUUGCGAAAACGCUUUUAACCUCUUGAAUUAUUUAAGAAAACUCCUAGGUCGCAUAAUCGCCUGGAUCGAACAUCCGUCCUCGAGAGUAGAUAGAGAGUGUCCGUUUAAUGAUAAACGCAGAAGGUCCGUGGGUGGCAUCUGCCUCAUCGGCACUGCAGACACUGACCGGAUGUGCAUGAUCGAGUACGAUGUCGACGCAAACACUUCGAAGCCACUAGCAGAAGUAACAAGUUCAUAUAGCGCGGCCUUCGUGGCCAUCGAGGGUGAGUCCCGUGCAUUGGAAUUUUGAGAGAACAAUCAGCUGUUAUACCUGUCUUUGUUUAUUUUUGACUGUCACCUGGAAUCGAUGUUGAACGCGGACUUGUAGAGGGCUAGUCGUUAAGAGGCGUAUGCCGUGAUUGCUGGCGAGAAGGCGCAUCCAGGUGGUCGGGUACGACUGUUUGGAGGCAGGUGUGUCGGAGCUGAAUUCGGUCGAGUGGCUUCAGGUCAGCGCUUGUGAAACGGUUCGCUGCAGGGGGCUGAAUGACCUUGAGGCAGCGAGGCCUUGAACGGGGACACCAGGCAGUCAUGAUGGCUGUCGACAACACUGAUAUUCUCCCGACCAAUAUCACAUGCUGUUUUAAACGUACUUGAUUUUGCCCUAGCAACUGUUAUCCAUCCGUUGUUUACUUGCCUACUGAACCCAGCGCACGUGUGCCAACCUUGGCAGCCAUCUGUCUGCGGCUUUGGUCAGACAUUCGUCUCUCAGCAAAUUCAUAAGGCAUGAUAGUGUUUGGUAUGCAAAACGACUGCCUGCUUCCAUGCUUUCACAUCGAACGCGAGCCGUGGGAGAUUGCUCGCAUGCUUCUUAACUGACAGCGUCCCGUCGCAUAGAAAUAAGUGGAGAAAAUUGUUUUUCGUCUUCUCUUUUACCUUUCUCCAUUAGCCAGAACAUUCAUUUUUUAUCGCUGCUGGCGUUCAGCAAGCUUACGCCCCGCCUCACCGGCGAUUUUAAGCCGCGCGAUGGAAGACACAUGUUGCGCAUAGUCUUUCAACUUCUGGCCAGAACCCUUUUGCCAUUGUAUAAGCCUGUGGUACAAGACCGGAAGUCGUUGUAAAACAGCAUGUCUGUGCCAGAUCCUCCGACUUCAUGAGAACACUCAUUGUGGGGUAAUUUAUCGCCUUUAAAUGUGUAUUUUCUCACAUAGUCGACGCCUUUCGUUGAUAUCCUUGACACUCGUUUUCGUAUCUCCUCACUUCGCUCCUUAUUGCAUUGGAAACAGGCUGCAUCUUCGCGAUUGGAGGGAAUUGGCAUGGCGGCAGCUUUCCAAAUGUUGACAAAUUUGAUACUAAGGACCUUCGGUGGAUGGAAUGUGCGCCGCUCUCCACGGGUCGGAUGUACCAUUCGGUAGUUGCCGUCCCUGUCGGUCAGGAAAAAGUGAUUUGUGUCUUCGGAGGAAGCAACAGGAAGUACGAGUGUCUUGACACUUGUGAAGUCUACUCUGCACAGGAAGACAAGUGAGUCUGCUGGGUGUCGUAACCACAUAGCAAAGUACAUAGCAAUAUUGCUCACCGCCAAAAAUGAGGCAGGCUUGAAUGAAUUUUUCUGCCAUAUGGAACGGUCGUAAGUCAACCUGGCUCUUCUCCCAGACUCGAGGCCUGAGUGCAUUACGCACAGCAUAAGGACACCGCGUUUAUCCUGUUUUUCUUACUUGAAGUGAAAGCCAAUUAAUCUCCUGUCUAAACUUGGCCCCUCUUUGCUCAGGCUUAACUUUAAUCAAAGGUAAUUGUCUACGCCCGCUUAUGUGAUCUCACUUUCUGGCCGGAACUCCCUUAGAUUUUUGACAGUCAGAAAGGUCCCUGGCGUAGUUUAACAGUCUACCUCUUCCAUAGUCUUUCUCAGGUUUCACAGGCGUUAUUUGUUAGCUCAUUGAGAAUUUAGUGAGGAUACUUUGGCUGUUUUUGCUGAAAGUGUACAUUUGGUCUAAGAAUGCAUGAAAUACAGAUUGGCAAAACAUUUCGACUGAAGAAGUGUGCACAUACUGCCCAAAACACGAAGAUGUUUGAUGUAGCCAACAGCAACGGAGCGCCUGUUACUGCACUGAACAGUUUCCUGAGAAGAGUGACAGGAUUGACAUUCGCGGUUUAGGACGGCGACCUACCGGUAAGGUUUGAGGCACUUAACCCGCCGAAACCUCCAGAAGUGGAGCAAUUUUUAGUGCUUUUAUCCUACCCUUAUCGGCAACACCCCCUUCCACUCUCCGAAAUUCAAAGAGUUGCUGAAUAUAGCCACGAUUCGAUGAGGAUCUCAGAUCUCAUACUAGUUAGACUGCGAUAAAGUUCAUAUUAGAGCUAUUGCAGCCUGUCCCUCAGUUCUUAAUUGGCCCGAAUAACUUGGUCAAGUGUCUAGACACGAUUUUUGGCCGUCUUGAUGGUUUAAACGCUUGUAUGUUAAGUUAUGGUGAAGAAAAUGAACAUCGAAUCGACUUCACUUUCGCCUCACCCAUGUGCUAGCAGCCCGUCCGUUCAGAACCGAUUUGAGUCCAGACUGCACUCAGUGGAUCUGCCGUCGCCAACCACAUGACGCGUCCGAUCUUAAAUCUCAGUAGUAGUAGGAGCAACGAAUGCCACAUUAGUGAGUGGUCAUUGCAGCCUGGUCCUCGUUUCAAUAGGUGGUAGAGUUUUCAUGUCAUCUGACACUCCCAAGUUACGUUUUUAAACGCGCUUUUUGUCGACGUAAAAUUCGUCAAACUGGCCCUGCUGACUAGAUUGUUUUCAUAAGUAGGUCACCGUUGCAGUGACCUAACUGAGUCACACUUUUCACCGUUGCCUUCAUUUCAGAUGGUAUAAACUACCUAGUUUAAAAGAAAAAAAGCAAUGCUCUACCGCUGUUGCGCUGCCGGACGGUCGCGUGUUUGUGAUCGGUGGGCUAUCUAGUGUCAAAUGGCUGUCCUCUGUGGAGAUGUGUCAUUUACGAGAGCUUGCAGACUGGCGCGGACCACGAAGGUCAUCGGACAGCUUUUGGAAGGCAGCUGCUCCCAUGAUAUCCGCAUGUAAAAUCCGCGCAGCAGUCGCAUUCAAGGGCAGCAUAUUUGUUGCUGCACAAUCCGUUGACGUUUUCGCCCCGCCCGACAACCGGCGGCCGUUGGGACAGUGGACAAGCCUCCUUUAUUGUAGAAUGAUGGAUUAUAUAGGCGCUUUCGCCGUCUACCAGGACAGACUAUUUUCUUUCCGUAAGUCCACAGUCCUGCUGCCCCAAUGACUUGAAUUUACUGUCCUUGAAUCUGCUUCAGAUCGACUGAAGUGCUAUUGAUCGUGAGGUCUAUGACUGUCAGAAUGGUCUAGUGCGAUCUGAUACUUUCUCUCGUCUUUCUAAGCAUUCUCCCUGUAUUCUUAUCACAACUAAAAGAUCGGGAGGGCACCGAGGUAGGCAGUGCAGUGACAACUGCAUAAAGACACAAAUAUGAGGAAUUUGUUGGCAUCUUCAAUUUGAGAUUUAGGGCCACACGCUGUAGUCUAUCCAGGGCAUAUGUUUUCAAAGUGUCAGCUCGUUUUGAUAAGUGGCUGGUCGACUAUUACAGACAGCGGCGUCUAAUUCAACCCCAGCAAAAUGAUCAUAGCGCCAGUCAUCUAAGGAUUCAUUUUUAUGUGGGACAGCCGUUCGCUACGUCUACCACAUUCUCUCCUUCAUUGACAGUCUGGCACAGUGUACUUUCGUCAGUGCAUUUUUGUGCAACGGCGGUCAAUUUCAUCGCGAAACCCUCGGCUUAAGUCCGCCUCAAACGCCUCACUUGCUCUACACUGUAAAGGGACAUUCAAGUUAUAUAUAUAUAUUUCGAAAGAAAUAAGGUCUUUGGGAUAGAUUAGCAAGGUUUAUUGUAAAUUUUCGAUCUUGGUUCCCCAAGUUGGAAACCGGACACAAAUUCGCCUGGGACAGGACCCGCAUUGUAGGUGUGUGUUCAUCUUAAAAGGGCCGUGAAAUUUUAGAGGCCAUCCAUUCUGAUAACGCAAACAUCAAUAGACACGUAGAAUUGGAUACGGUGUACAACAGCCUCAAGGAAAAGCGGAAAAGGCAUUAGCCAAUCAGAACAAGACACCAGCAGGAAUGACAAGGCAAAAUCGAUUUUUCGGCAUGUUUAAAUGUUGACUGUUUUGCACACUUAUUCCACGUCUGAAGACGACUUGGGGAACCAAGAUUGAAAAUUUACAAUAAACCUUGUUAAUCUUUCCCAAAGAGCUUAUUUCUUUCGAAUUAUGAUUUUUGGGAUGCCUCUUUUCAAAUUCAUACAUAUAAAUUUAUUGAAUAACUGAAGUAGUAUGCAUUCCGAGAUGAUAUGAUGAAAGAAGGAAGUCCGUCGGAAAUAGAGUUUUACUCGUAAAUUUUCGAGCUGGUUGCACCAACCCGUCGUCAGACAAAGUGAAAAGUGAGAGGUGGCAUUGUCACACUGCUGGUUGAGGACGCAGACAGAGAGGUAAGCAGACGACCUUGUGAGGGGGAGGUGUGCAUGGCGUUGUGAUGGGUGCGGGAGGUGAGGAUAGAUGUUGUGGGCCCAAGCUGUGGCUCAGCGUGUUGGGGGAGGGAGGUGGAGUAGGGCAGGGUGGUAGGAAUGGCGUGUCGGCGAGAUCAUGCAUGUCCGGGCACGCAUUAGCUGUUGUUGUUCUUUAGGUGGGCGCCAGUCAGUCCACCGUGAUCGGAGACCCUCGUAGUGGACAUCAAGGUCAACAUGGCGGUUAAUGCUAUCUGCACCGGAGUGCCAAGCUUCGAGAAAUUCCCGUGCAUGUUUAGUGUUAGCCAUGGCGACCACUUCGGCACCGUCCCAAUUGAAACGGUGGUCACAAUCAAGAACGUGGGCAAACACGAGAGAUAAGGGGUCGCGUCGGCGGAUAGUUGACUUGUGUUCAUUAAUGCGAGUCCCAAGUUGUCGACCCGUGUGACCAAUAUAAACGCAACGGCAGUUAGCGCACGGGAUGCGGUAAAUGACGUUACUUUGUUGUUCCUUGGGUAUGGGAUCCUUUGCCCGGGAUAGUGCUGCGCGUAAUGAGGACGCCGGCUUGUGGGCAAUGCAGAUGCCAAACCGGUUUAGUUGUCGGGCCAUCACUUCAGAAAUUCCUCGCAUGUAGGGCAGGGAAUAAUAUUUCCUCUGUGUCGCUUCUCCACAUGGACUCUGAUCUUGUGGUUGCCUCUGACGUCUGAGACAGUUUUUCACGAAGCUAAUCGGAUAUCCGUUAGAUCGGAAUAAUUGGUAUAAGUAGGCUAGCCCUCUCUUAAGUAGAUACUGGCCGCUACAGUACCGAAGGGCUCGGUGAAAAAGAGUUUGAACGCAGCUUUUUUUGUGGGCCGUAGGAUGAUUACUCCGGUAGUUGAGGAUGAUUUCGGCGCUGGAGUCUUUUCUGUGGACGCUGGUUGCGAGAUUGCCAUCAGUCAGUCUUUGUACACUGACGUCAAGAAAAGGGAGGAUGUCCCCUGUUGCUUCUUCGCGUGUGAAUUGUAUGGCGGAGAAAACACCGUUAAGACUCUGGUGCAGUCGUUCAACUUCGCAGUUUUUUAUGACUACGAAGGUAUCAUCUACGUAGCGGAGCCACAUUUUUGGUCUGAUGGCUUGAAUAACAACUUCUUCUAGUCUUUGUAAUACUAGUUCGGCGAGUAGGCCCGAUAUCGGUGAACCCAUGGGGGUGCUCUUGACCUGCUGAUAAUACUGGCCAUCGAAUUGACAAUAGUUCUUAAGACAAAGCCCAAGCAUGUCUAAAACGUGCUCUGUUGGAAUGCCAAUCGGAGUUUCCUCCAGGCGUUAUUUGGCAUCUUCAUUGCCCACAAGCCGGAGUCCUCUGUGCGCGCAACACUAUCGCGAGUGAAAUACCCUAUACCUAAAGAGCAGCUAACCAAUGUCAUCUACCGCAUCCCUUGCGCCGACCGCUCUUGCGACUAUGCUGGUCAUACAGGCCGACGACUUGGGACGCGUAUAAACGAGCAUAAACUAGCCAUCCGCCGACGUGACCCUUUGUCACUCGUGUUUGCACACGCCCUUGAAUGCGACCAUCGCUUCAAAUGGGAAGGAACUUAAGUUGUUGCCAUGGCGAACACCAAACAAGCUCGUGAAUUCUUCGAAGCCUGGCACUCUAACACGACAAGCAUCAAUCGCCAUGUCGAUCUAGAUGCUCAUUACGAAGGUCUGCGUGCCCGGCUCACUGACUUGCGCCCACGACCUAACAACAGCCGCUAAUCCACACUGGGCCAUGUAGAAUCGCACUAUUUCGUCACCCCAUUACAGCCCCAGACACAGCGAACCGCAACUGCAACCUGUAACACCUCUACGUUGGACUCACUGACCUCCGCCCGCAUGCCGGAUAGACGACCAUUAAGUCCACGGCCCAUAGUUCCAUUGAUUCGUCAUCCCCCCUACCCUCCAACACAGGGAGCCGCAACAGUUCCCCCUUCCCUCCGCCGCCACGGAUCUCAGCCUAAUUAUCUGUCCACCCCCAUUCACACAUUAGUUGCUUGGCUGUCAAUGGCUGCCCUGUCACGCCAGCAAAUUUAUUCUGACCAGUUCACUUCCUCCACUGUUUAUUUCGUCUGACGACGGGUUGGCGUCAACAGCUCGAAAAUUUACGAGUACAACUCAAUUUUUCCGACGAGCCUUCUCUCUUCGUAUAUAUAUUCAAACACACUGUAAUGACAACGACGGGAGGAGAGAGGAAGUGAAGUACCUGCAUUCCCUAUCCACAGCCAAUGGUUACCCACGAUCCUUCAUACGUGAGUGCCGAAGAAGAUUUAACCGCGAACAAUCUAAUGAUGAGAAGCCGAAGUUCUGGCUCGCAAUCUCCUACAUGAGGAAUGUUUCUGAGGCGACAGCAAGAAUCCUGAGCCCUUUUGGGAUUGGGGUGGCCCAUAAACCGGAAUCCACUAUCAGGCAGCAGAUAAUGAGGCCCAAAGACCAGCUACCUGCAACGGAGCAAUCAGCAGUGGUCUACAGCAUACCUUGCCAAGAUUGUGGUGCAAGGUAUGCUGGUGAAACGGGCAAACGCCUCUGCACAAGAUUGCACGAGCACCAGCUUGCAGUCAACCGCGAGGAUAAGCUGUCACUGGUAUAUGGCCACAUACAACAGGAGAAGCACAGUUUCGCCUUUGGGGAAGCUAGCGUCAUCGGCCGAGCCAGCGACAAGAUGGCCAGACUGGUUCUCGAAAGUUGGUCCUCAGUUGACACAAUCAACAGAGCCAUUGAUCUUCAUCCGACCUACCAGGCGCUUCGUACGAGGCUCCAGUCAGUUCGGACGGGGCCGACAACACUGGCGAACAAAUCGCGGCUCUCUCAACAGUUGUCACCUUCCCAGUAGGGGGAGAGAGCCAGCCGGCUGUCAGACGACCGACGCGAGACAUCGACCCACCGACGCGCCCAAACAGCCGACCACGAUUCCCACAUGCAACGGCAGCCGAUCGGCCCGUCAAAUUAUGGGGGGAGGGCCCAAGGGCACACGGACCUAGCAGCGACAACAGCGGCCGGGCAGGGGGCAGAGGUCACACCAGCGCCCCAACGGACGGCCACGGAGAGACCUAAGCCAAUCGCCCGCCAGCAAACAGGUCAGAGUUCGUGUAUCAGGCAUGCCUAUAACACGAGACAGGCGGCGAGACAGAACAACUCUGAGCUAGCAGGAACAAACACCCUACCACUACUCUGAUGAUGGAAUCGAGAAAGAUUCCGAAACGUCAGCACCAAUACAGUGUGGUCCAUGGCAUCGCCUCUUUUUCUUCUUCGUCUUCUUUUGGGGAUGAUGAACGGGAUAUAUAUAUAUAUGUAGUGGUAGGGGGCGCUGACCGAUCGUUCAUACAGAACUCACUCGUUCCGUUGUGCCUUAUGGACUCUCUCUCGAGCCCAACCAGCAGCCGUACAGCGGCGCAUGAUAUAUAGGCAGAAUGGUAUUACCAGUCUCCCUUGUCUUUGUCGGUAAUACCAUUCUGCCUAUAUAUAUAUGUGUGUACCUCAGAGGGGGUAUGCAUUCCGAGUAGAUAUAAUGAAAAAAUAGAAGAGGUUCUUCGGAACAGUCGAGUUGUACUCGUGAAUUUUUGAGCUGGUGACACCAACCCGUCGUCAGACGUAAUGAAAAACGAGGGCGAAAGUUAUGUUGUCACAGUAGACUAGUUCGUGUGAUAGGACAGAACAGACCACUGACCUGUGAGGGGGGGAGUGGGGUGGGCUCCCGAGGUCGUGGUAGGUCACUGAGUGAGGGGCGGGGAAGGGAGAGGAGGCGGAACAAUUACGGCGCACCGUGCUGGAGGGGGGGGGUGAGUGGCGAAUCAGUUCGCAUGCGGGCGGCUGCAUUUGCGGUCGUUGAUGCGCUUGAUGCAUACCCCCUCUGAACUACAACGUAUAUUCUGGCGUCGAACGCUUAUUUUUACCAGACGUUGGGAGAAAUUUACACAGAGACAUGCGAUGACUAGCGAACAACUGACUUUCCUCCACCGCGGUCGCGAUCAGGGUGUGUUACCGAAGUCUCUUCGUUUCAAACCGACGUUGUCGAAUGAGACCGGGAGAUUUCUUGCGCGCAAAUACGGAUGGCGUGUUUUGAGUGCUAUAAUUUAUGACGUUCACAAUCGUCUCCACAAAUUCGAAGCAAAAAUUACUGACCUAAAAAUCAGUGCGCUUCAGCGCUACCUGAGCACGUAUUCGAGGAUGUGCAGCAAAGAAUUAACGCCACCACCAAGGAUGCAAGAUUGAAGAAGAGACUUGAUCUCCAGUAGAAUCUCCAUUCACUUCUCCGUCCUACGAACCAAGGAAAUUUGACCACGAGAGUUGUCAACCUAUCGAAGAGGAGUCUCUCACCUGCGGAAAUCAACCUCCUAUCCAAGGGAAUAGGAUUUAAUCAUGCGGAUGCCACACCUACCGACUUCCUAGCUGAGCUUGAGUCCAUUCUACUGGCCUCCAACAUUCCGGAAGACAUGCGCGCGAACAUACGAUGCUGCGCCACCGGUACUCUCCGGCCAAAAAGAUACCAACAAAAUCUACCGGCGGAAGAAGCGCAAGCAUUACGAUCAUUGAAGUCGGAUCACAGUACUGUCGUUGUUCCCGCUGACAAGGGUGGCGCUACUGUCAUCAUGGACAAAGUUGAAUACGUUAACAAGGCGAAUGAAAUCUUCAGUGGCAUGGAGGCCUAUACCCUUCUUGCUGAAGAUCCGACUAAAAAGCAAGCUGCAGCCAUCAAAAAGAAGGUUAAUGAGCUCGCUCGUUUGAAAGUUAUCAGACCAGAUGACUCCAAGUUGAUGACCCUUAGUGAUCCCCACAUCGCACACGCGUACGGCCUCCCAAAAGUGCACAAAGUGGAUGUCCCCUGAGGAUUAUAGUGCCACUUAUCGGAUCACCCACUUACAAUAUAGCUAAGUGGUUAUACAGUCGUCUGAAGCGGCUCACUCAUGGAUCGGAUUAUAGCAUUAAAGACUCUCAAGCGUUCCUCCGCAGGGUACAAGGCCUCAAAGUAAGUACCGAUGAAUGCUUCCUGUCCUUUGACGUCGUUGCCUUGUUUUCUUCCAUACAACAUGAUUUGGCGAUCGAAUGCGUAAGCCAACGCCUACAGAACAAUCCUAUUGAGAUCCCAACGCAGCAUGAUUUAGAACUGCUAAAUCUUUGCCUUAGGAACUAUUUUCAAUUUGAUAAUAUGUAUUGCCAACAGGUAAAGGGAACCCCGAUGGGCUCACCAAUAUCAGGACUGCUCGCCGAACUAGUUUUGCAGCGACUAGAAGAGAUAGUUUUCCAAACUACCAAGCCUAAACUAUGGCUUCGUUAUGUUGAUGACACCUUCAUCAUAAUAACGAAGUGCGAAGUCGAACGGCUUCACCAGAGCCUGAAUGAAGUUUUCCCAGCCAUACAGUUUACCCGCGAAGAGGCAAUUGGAGACAGCUUGCCGUUUCUGGACGUGAGGAUACAGAAGUUGAGCGAUGGUAGCCUGGCAACAAGCGUCCAUAGGAAAGACUCUAACUCUGUGAUUAUCCUCAACUAUGAAAGCAACCACCUUGCAGCUCACAAAAGAAGCUGCGUCCGAACUCCGUUCCACCAGGCCUACCGUUAUUGUAACGGCAACGAUCUCCUGAAUAAAGAGCUUGCUCACCUGUAUCGGUUAUUCUGCUCUAACGGAUAUCCGAUCAGUUUUGCAAAGAACUGUCUCAGGCAGCAGACACAGUCGCAAGACGCCACACCCAACGGAGAGAUUGUGACGCGAAAAUUCUUCUCCUUGCCAUAUAUGCGUAGAACUUCUGUAAUUAUCGCCCGGCAGUUCAGCCGCUUGGGUAUUCACGUUGCCCACAAACCGUCAUCUUCACUACGCGCAGCACUAUCUCGAGUGAAGGAUCCCAUCCCGAAAGAGCAACAAACGAAUGUAAUUUAUCGCAUCCCGUGUGCUAAUUGCUCUUGCGUUUAUGUUGGCCAUACAGGUCGAUGCCUGGGCACCCGUAUCAACGAACACAAACUAGCUAUCCGUCGGCGAGACCCCCUGUCCCUCGUCUUUGCCCAUGCACUCGAGUACGACCACCGAUUCAAUUGGGAUGACACUGAGGUCGUCGCCAUGGCUAACACAAAGCGAGCGAGGGGAUUUCUCGAGGCUUGGUACUCCAAUGCGGGUAGUAUCAACCGUCACAUUGAUUUAGACACCCAUUACGUAGGUCUAAGUUCACGAAUGACUGCCCCCUGCCCUAAUCACGCAUCAACGACCGCGAAUGCAGCCGCCCGCAUGCCAACUGAUUCACCACCCACCCUCCCCCUCCAGCACGGUGCGCCGUAAUUGUUCCGCCUCCUCUUUCUUCCCCGCCCCUCACUCAGUGACCUACCAUGACCUCGGGAGCCCACCCCACCCCCCCCUCACAGGUCAGUGGUCUGUUCUGUCCUAUCACACGAACUAGUCUACUGUGACAACAUAACUUUCGCCCUCAUUUUUUAUUAUGUCUGACGACGGGUUGGUGUCAACAGCUCGAAAAUUCACGAGUACAACUCAACUGUUCCGAAGAACCUCUUCUAUUUUUUCAUAUAUAUAUAUAUAUAUAUAUAUAAUGGUAGGGGGCGCUCACCGAUCGUUCAUACGGAACUCACUCAUUCCGUUGUGCUUUAAGGGCUCUCUUGAGCCAAACCAGCGGCCGCACAGCGGCGCAUGAUAUAGAGGCAGAAUGGUAUUACCGACAAAUACAAUGGAGAAAUGGCCAGAAAUGGCCAUUCCAGUCUCCCUUGUCUUUGUCGAUAAUACCAUUCUGCAUAUAUAUAUAUAUAUGAGAAGAAGAGGCGAUCUCGGGAACCAUGAUUGUAUUGUCCUGACGUUUCAAAAGCAGACAAGCUUUCAUCGUCGGUGAAAGCUUGUCUGCUUUUGAAACGUCAGGGCAUUACAAUCAUGGUUCCCGAGAUCGCCUCUUCUUCUCAUUUAUGUCCGGGGACUCGAAUCUUAGCUUCUAUUAGCAAUUUAUAUAUAUAUAUAUUAUGACAGAUGAGCGCUCACCGAUCAGGUUACAGAACAUGCUCGUUCUGUUGUGCCUUGGGGCUCAUACUUAAACCCAAGACACAACAGAACGAGCAUGUUCUGUAACCUGAUCGGUGAGCGCCCAUCUGCCAUAAUUCAUAUUCCAGAUCACAACCGACAGGACAACGGGACCGUGGCUCAAUGGUAGAGCGUCAAACUCCAUGACCAAAUAUCCCCGGUUCGAAUCUCAAGUGAUCAACACUUGGGGUUGGGUAUGACUGGCUGAUGACGGCUAAUAAACCAGAAAUGGCCAUUCCGGUCUCCCUUGUCUUUGUCGGCUCCUUCUCAUCUAUGUCUACUACUAGUCGCUGUGCGACUGCCUGCGAGGGUUCUAGUAUGAGCCCCAAGGCACAACGGAACGAGCCUGUUCCGUAACCUGAUCGGCGAACGCCCACUGUCAUAAUGUAUAUAUAUAUGAAAGGAGGAAGUCCGUCGGAAAUAGAGUUUUACUCGUGAAUUUUCCAGCUGGUUGCACCAACCCGUCGUCAGACAAAGUGAAAAGUGAGAGGUGGCAUUGUCACACUGCUGGUUGAGGACGCAGACAGAGAGUUAAGCAGACGACCUUGUGAGGGGGAGGUGUGCAUCGAUGUUGUGUGUCCCAGUUGUGGUUCACCGUGUUGGGGGGGGAAGGGGGGAGUAGGGCAGGGAGGUAGGAAUGGCGUGUCGGCGAGAUCAUAUAUAUAUAUAUAUAUAUAUAUAUUUCGUAGUCGAAUGUAUGCUUUGGGAAAGGAAGUUUAUUGUGCAAAUUUUCGACGCCGGUUCCCCGAGUCGUCGUCAGGCACAGACGGAGAGCAAAUGCGCCAACACAGCUUACAUCUUAAGUGCACUUAAAAAAUUGCUAAUCGCUUAACGUUCACGCCAGUAAGCGGCCGUCGUUUGUGUCAGUCCGUUCUGAUUGGUCCUCGCCUCUUCCAUCUCUCCUUGAGAUUUCUGUACGCGGCAUCCAACUCGAUGUGCCGGUUGAUGCAUGAUUCGUCUGAGUGCAUGGCCUCAAGGAACUUUCGGCCUUUCUUUGAGGGGCACACAGCGACAAUGCGAGUUAUCUCCCAAGCAAAAGUGUGCCCGGUGUCCAGGGUGUGCAUGGCCACCUGAGACAGAUGGUCUCGCACACACGCAUCACAAGGGAUCUUGUAAACGACUUCGUUUUUGUCCAGAUAGUUAACCCUAUCUUUAGGAUGUACGAGCUGAGUGCGCAAAUUAGUCGGCGGUCGGUGCGCUACCUGAAUUUGGUGCUUCCUUAAGUGUCUUUCAACGAGUUCAGACAGAUUUUUAAUGUAAGGAAGUGUCCGCCAAGUUUUUGGCUCGGACGUCUGAUUUGGACUACUUGGCUCCUUUCUCUUCGACUCUUUCUGCCUAAUGCAUCGGGGCACAAAAUCUCUAGGGUACCCAUUCCGCGAAAACAAUUCACACAAGAAUUUGAGUUCGUCUUGAUAGCCUUCUUCAUCAGAGCAAUGUGUUUUUGCUCGAUUAAGCAGACUUUUGACAGCACCCCGUUUGUGAGAAAUUGGUUGAUUGCUCUCGUAAGGCAGAAUAAAUUCCGCGUAAGUGUCUUUACGGUAAACUGAUGUACGUUGUGUUCCGUCAGUCUUUCUUUGUACGAGAACAUCCAGGAAAGGCAGUUUACUGUCGACUUCCUUUUCGAGUGUGAACGUAAUCCCCGGAAUCGUCGAGUAUAUAUUGGGCUCUCUCUCGAGCCCAACCAGCAGCCGCACAGCAACGCAUGAUAUAUAGGCAGAAUGGUAUUAUCGACAAAGACAAGGGAGACUGGAAUGGCCAUUUCUGGCUUAUUAGCCGUCGUCAGCCAGCCAUACCCAAGCCCGAAGUGUGGAACACCCGAGCCUCGAACUCGCGACCUGUUGGUUUAGAAGUCAACGCCUCUACUCACCGGGCCACGAGCCCGUUGCCUUGUUGGUUUUAGAUCGGGAAUAUACAAUGUUAGGGGGCGCUCACCGAUCGUUCAUACGGAACUCACUCGUUCCGUUGUGCCUUGAGGGCUCUCUCGAGCCCAACCAGCAGCCGCACAGCGGCGCAUGAUAUAUAGGCAGAAUAGUAUUACCGACAAAGACAAGGGAGACUGGAAUGGCCAUUUCUGGCUUAUUAGCCGUCGUCAGCCAGCCAUACCCAAGCCCGAAGUGUGGAACACCCAAGGCUCGAACUCGCAACCUGUUAGUUAGAAGUCCAUCGCCUUUCACCAGUCUCCCUAGUCCUUGUCGGUAAUACCAUUUUGUCUAUAUCAUGUGCCGCUCUACGGCUGCUGGUUGGACUCGAGAGAGAGCCCUAAGGCACAACGGGACGAAUGAGUUUCGUAGUAACGAUGGGUGAGCGCCCCUCUUCCUUUGUAUAUUCCCGAUCGCAACCGAUAGGAGAACGGGCCCGUGGCCCAGUGGUUAGAUUCAGUGCACUUCUGACUAACAGGUCGCGAUUUCGAGCCUCGGGUGUCCCUAUACUUCCUGGUUGUGUAUAACCGGCUGACAAGGGCUAAUGAGGCAGAAAUGACCAUUCUAGUCUCCCUUGUUUUUGUCAGUAAUAAGAUUCUGCAUAUAUCAUGCGCUGUUGUGUGGCUACUGGUUAGGCUCGAAAGAGAGCCCUAAGGGACAAUGGGACGAGUGAGUUGCGUAGAAACGAUCAGUGAGCGCCUCUCUACUAUUAUAUAUAGACCUUUGCUUGGAAGGUUUCUUGGCUUCUAGGUGAAGCCGAUGCUUUCAGGAAAUAACGCUGAAUUUAUACGUUGCGUGUUUUUCUUGGGCUAACUCGGAUAGCGCCAUCAAAUGUGUUUCUGAAUGUUGCGGACUUCGACCGUCUGGUCUUGUGUAUAGUCGGGCCAUAAUUCAUCGCCAGGCAUGCGUGGUUUUGAGCUGGACUAUGACUGCCUCGAGACAGUGAAAUUAACUCGGGGAAUUAUCGUUUCACUUUCCCCUUGUUCAAUGACAAUUAUGCUUUUGUGUAUUUGUUUUGGACUGUCUUUUUUGCGACUGACUGAAUGACGGGGAAUUGUCUAGUUUUUGUAGUAUGCCGCCUCAUUAACAAGACGAAAUAUUCUGAAGGCUGAAGUACCCAGUCGUCGAUCUGACUCUGUAACCUUACUUCGUCGUCUGGCUGGUCGAAACGGGACAAACGGUGUGAUACCAGUCGACGGUACUUUGUCCAACAUGAUACGGUUGUCUUUAUUCCUAAAUUAUCUGCAGUUGAAUCGACCUGGGAGAUAGCUGCACACGGUUCUCGAUUCUACAGCACAAGAGGAACUUUUUCGAUAGAUGACAGUCGCCGAUGUGUCGUCUAGCGUAUGUUUUCCAUAAAUGGGCAAAUCUCGUGAUUACUGUUCUCAAGCUGGAGAAGAUGGCGGUUUCAGUGUUCUCCGGUCGAUUUAUUGUCUUAAAGCCAGAUAGGAGACAAUGUAUGCACUGGCACUUAAAGCGGCUUGAAAAGUCAUUUCAAACCUUUGAAGGUCUAUAUGAACUCGCGGCGUUAUAUUACUCCGUUCAUAGUAUCUUCUCGGUUCAUCCACCUCUGUUGUUAUAGGUGAUACACUGAUGGCUGUGACUGAAUGUGUACCUGGGCGUUUAGUUCGACUGCUCCUUGGAGAUUAACUUCCAGGUAAACUGCAACACUUCGUACCUAAUGAGACAGUCAAGAGUCGAUGCCAACCCCAUGGGAAGGAUGGGUGAAUCACUUGGAACAUUCUAUUCCUUGUCUACUUUCUGCGUAUUGCUUUAAUUAUGUGCAGUGCUUUGUGUUGGUCUGCAGUGCUAGUGAGGUUAGAGCAGCUAGCUGGAAGGUUGGUUCGCAUCUGUUCUCCAGGACAUGCAGGCACUUCUAAAAUCCCAUGAAUCCUCUGCAAUAGAAGAGGUUUCGUUUCGGGCCGAUCGAGCCCAAUUCCCUUAAUGGAUUCCUUCGGGCCGAUUUGGUCGAUUAUUUUUAGUUCUGCCGACAAUUCUCAUAUUUGACAAAACGGCCUUUCCACCAGCGCACUAUCAGAGCCAACUAUAGUUAUGUCAGCACAACCUCUCCGCAUGCAUCCCUACUCCCCUUUCUCUCUCUCAUUCCCAACGUCUUUGGUUGUUUUGACCGGUGACAUGCCUCCGCAUUCACCUUUUAAUAAAACUUCAUUUUGAAUUAAUCAGUUUCCACUUUCUUUCUUAUCAUUGGAGGUUACGAAAACCAAGAAGCAUCAGUCGCAGAGUUCGUCCCGCCAUCAAGUCGGUCCAUGUCAUCGCGCAAGAAGUUUGACUUCUGGACUUGGUCAAAACACAGGAAAAUAGGCGCUUUAAGCCGCAUCGAACAAGCGUUUACACUGCGCUAG